CUUCUACAAAAAUUCGAUGAUUGAAUAAUCAAUUCUUUACUUUUUUUUUAUAAAAGAAAAAGAAAAAACAAAAGAAAAGAAGAGUAAGAUUGAAGAAAUGUUAUAAUAUUAAUAUCUAACAAAUCCAUCCUCAAAAGAAAAAUAUCUAACAAACCGAAGCUCGUGUACGACCCACUUCCAGUUCCAAGUUCCAGCUUCCCAACCGCUCCCAUUGGCCGUCCCCUAGUUCCCAAUAUAUAUUUAUAUAUAAAAUAGUCUUUAUAUAUAUAUAUAUAUAAAAAAAAAAAAAACAUUAUUCACUUGUAUUAUUGUAUAUACAUUUUAAAUGUUAUCUCUGCUUUUCUCUUAGUUGCCCUCAUUUCGCUUGGUUGUCUGCUCAAAUUGAUAGCCUCAAUUUUUUAUUUUUUUUUUCAAAAAAGGAAAAUGGAAAAUGGUUAUGAAGAAGAGUGCGAAAUUGAACUUCCUUCUCAGUUUUCUUCACACAAGGUUAAUCCUGGGAAACCUGCUGCCCUGACUUGGCAACGGAAAUUAGACAGUAUUGAAAAAGUUCCUUCAGAGUUCUCUGUCAAUUUUAGUGAGACAGUUCAGAUGGCCCCUCUUGGUAUUCGGAUGUUGAGACUUGUUAGACAAGAAGCAGCAGAAGGAAAAAUAUCAAUGUUUGACAUGUUCAAGAAGCGCCAUAUUACAAGUAACCACGGUGUUCCUUUAGGUGGUAUUGGUGCAGGAAGCAUUGGAAGAAGUUACAGAGGCGAGUUUCAGCGUUUUCAACUAUUUCCCACAAAAUAUGAGGAAGUCCCAGUUUUAGCAAAUCAGUUUUCAGUUUUUGUUAAACGGCCCAGUGGUGAGAGAUACUCAACUGUAUUAUGCCCUAAGAGCCUAGAGGUGGCCAAAGAAUUCAAAAAUUCUGGCAUUGAAUCAUGGGAUUGGAAUUUGGAUGCAGAGAAGUGUACAUACCAUGCUCUAUUUCCCAGAGCUUGGACAGUCUAUGAUGGUGAACCUGACCCAGAACUUGUAAUUGUUUCACGUCAAAUUUCACCAUUUAUUCCCCACAAUUACAAAGAAACCAGUUUUCCUGUAUCAGCAUUUACUUUCACGGUAACUAACAAAGGGCGGACCUCUGCGGAUGUAACCUUGAUGUUUACUUGGGCUAAUUCAGUUGGUGGGAUCUCUGGAGCUUCUGGUGAUCAUUAUAACUCAGAAAUGAAGACAGAGAAUGGAGUGCAUGGAGUACUUCUACACCACAAAACUGCAGAUGGACAGUCUCCUGUUACUUUUGCCAUAGCAGCAGAGGAAAUGGAUGAUGUCCAUGUUUCUAAGUGCCCCUACUUCUUAAUAUCUGGUAGUUCCAAGGGUAUCACAGCAAAAGAAAUGUGGAAUGAAAUAAAAAAGUACGGAACGUUUGAUCACCUUGACUGCAAUGAGACUUCAGUGCCUUCAAAACCAGGGUCAACUAUUGGAGCUGCCAUAGCAGCAACUUUGACUAUCCCAUCUGGUGCUGUACGCUCUGUGACAUUUUCAUUGGCAUGGGACUGCCCAGAAGUGAGAUUCAUAGAGAAAACUUAUCAUAGGCGGUACACAAAAUUUUAUGGUUCUCAUGGUGAUGCAGCUGCCAAUAUUGCCCGCGAUGCCAUCCUUGAGCAUGCUGAUUGGGAAUCUCAAAUAGAAGAAUGGCAAAGACCUAUUCUUGAAGACAAAAGGGUUCCUGAAUGGUAUCCAAUCACUCUUUUCAACGAGCUCUAUUAUCUCAAUGCAGGAGGGACAAUUUGGACAGAUGGAUCGCAUGCAUUGCAACGUAUAUCAACUGUUGGAGAAACAAAAUUCUCCCUUAGAAGUCCCAAACUAAUUGCCAAAGACACCAUAGACAUGUCCCGUAACAAUGAUACUGCUGUUGAAAUCCUUGAAAGGAUGACAUCUGUCCUUGAGCAAAUACAUGGUCCUGCUAUGAAAAAUUCUGCUUUCGGAGCAUAUUUGCUCAAUGAUGAAGAAGAAAAUAUAGGACAAUUCCUUUAUCUUGAAGGACAAGAAUACAUAAUGUGGAAUACCUAUGAUGUCCAUUUUUAUUCAUCUUUUUCUCUACUAAUGCUAUUUCCAAAACUUGAACUAACCAUCCAGAGAGACUUUGCAGCAGCUGUAAUGAUGCAUGAUCCUAGCCGUAUGAAGAUCAUGAGUGAUGGGAAAAUGGUUCCACGAAAAGCUAUUGGUGCUGUUCCACACGAUAUAGGAUUAAACGAUCCUUGGUUUGAGUUAAAUGCUUACAAUUUGUUUAACACAGACAGAUGGAAAGACUUAAACUCAAAGUUUGUUCUCCAAGUUUACAGGGAUGUGGUUGCUACUGGUGACAAAAGUUUUGCCAAAGCUGUUUGGCCCUCGGUCUACAUGGCAAUGGCUUUCAUGGAUCAAUUUGACAAGGAUGGAGAUGGAAUGAUUGAGAAUGAAGGGUUUCCUGAUCAGACAUAUGAUGCAUGGUCUGUUACUGGUGUUAGUGCAUACUGUGGUGGCCUGUGGGUGGCCGCUCUCCAGGCUGCUUCGGCCAUGGCUCAUGAGGUUGGAGAUGAAGCAUCUGCAAACUACUUUUGGAUUAGAUAUCAAAAGGCAAGAGGUGUCUAUGACACUUUAUGGAAUGGUUCCUACUUCAAUUAUGAUAAUAGCAAUGGUAGUUCAAGUUCGUCUAUUCAGGCUGAUCAGUUGGCUGGACAAUGGUAUGCCGAAGUGUGUGGUCUUUCGCCAAUUGUUGAUGAAGACAAAGUGAAGCUUGCACUUGAGAAAGUUUACAGUUUCAAUGUGCUAAAAAUGAAAGGAGGUUCACGUGGAGCUGUGAACGGAAUGCUGCCUGACGGAAGAGUUGACAAGUCGGCUAUGCAAUCAAAGGAAAUAUGGGCUGGCGUAACGUAUUCUGUUGCUGCUACGAUGAUUCAGGAGGGAAUGGUUGAAAUGGCAUUCAAGACUGCAGCCGGUGUUCACCAAGCAGCCUGGUCUCAACAAGGCCUUGGAUACUCAUUUCAGACUCCGGAAAGUUGGAACGUAGAUGACCGAUACAGAUCUCUCUGCUACAUGCGUCCAUUGGCCAUAUGGGCCAUGCAAUGGGCCUUGACAAAGCCCAAGAUCACUAAACAAGAAAUGAAUUACAAAGACGUAAAAGAAGACCAUUCAUAUGCUAGACAACAUGCUGCAUUUUCCAAAGUUGCAAGCCUCUUGAAGCUCCCAGAGGAGGAAGCCAAAGGCUUUCCACAGAUGCUAUACGAAUUAACCUGCAGAAGAUUCUCACACUCACACUGAUUCUUUUGGUCAAAUUAUACAAUAGAACCAUAUAUAUAUAUUUCAUGAUUUCUAAAAAAAUAAUUUUACAAAGUGUGAAAAAAACGAUUAAAUGCCACCAUUGGCACAAUUGUACGAUCGGGGACAAACAAUUAAAGCCUGUUUAGUGAUUCUGUUUCGCUUGGAUUGUUACAGAAAUUAUUUGAAUCACACGGUGAUAUUAAUAAUGACCCUUGAUUAUUCUGUUUGUAUAACUUUGAACCUAAAUUUCUAAUUACAUGUUUUGUAAUUUAUUAAAUGAGGAAUUAUUUCAA